AAACUAUCAACAACACCAACACAAUAAUAAUCAUGUUCAAGUUUAUUGUCGUCGCCCUCUUCUCUCUUCUCUCUCUUGCUUCGGCAAUCGUUUGGAAUGCCCCAAUCACCUCUCCUUCCUCUGGAACAAAAUGGAGAGCCGGAGGAACCUACACAGUCAAAUGGAAACCCACUGUCGCAGGAAUGCAAAUCCCAGAAGGUGUCACUGGUUCUAUCAUGCUUGGAUAUCUCAUCGGCAAUGACUACAACGAGCACUUGAACUGGAAUCUUGGCUCUGGAUUCGCUCUCAACAAGGGUGCAUAUACCAUCACUCUUCCCUCUAACCUUGAACCCAGAACAACAUACAUUAUCGUACUUAUGGGUGACUCUGGAAAUGCUUCCAAGAAGUUUACCAUUCAAUCUUCCAAGAGCUAAGAAAGCUGAUCUAGGAAUAUCGUUUUAAAUCUACAAACUUUCUUUAUCCCAGGAUCCAAAAAAAAAAACUCCUUUGUACACUUUAUAUCUCAUAUACAUAUACUUAUACAUAUCUACUAUCUUAAUUUUACUUUUACCUUUACUUCUAUUUCUACUUGUCUUUUUUUUCCUGAUCAUUUUUAAUGGGAUGUGUAUUAAAUAAAUAAAAAAUUAAAUCAAAAUAAAAAAAAUCAAAGCCAAAUAUACUAUUGCUCUUU